AUGGGAGGACGAGGCGCUCUGAUUGUGCUGGAGGGACUGGACAGGUCAGGGAAGUCGACUCAGGUGAUCCGGCUCGUAGAAAAGUUGGUUUCCAUGGGAAAGAAGGCCUCGAAAAUGAAUUUCCCAGACCGAACUACGACGGUAGGGGGUCUUAUCAACGAGUACCUGCAGAGCGGGAAGGACUUGGAUGACGCCGUAAUCCACCUGCUCUUUUCUGCCAAUCGCUGGGAAGCCACGAGAUCGAUUCGCGACCGCCUCUCAUCUGGAGAGACCUUGAUUGUAGAUAGAUACGCGUACUCUGGUGUGGCCUUCAGUGCCGCCAAGGGGACGCUGGACAUCGAAUGGUGCAAAGGCCCAGACAGGGGUCUACCAGCACCAGACUGCGUCAUUUAUCUUGAUGUCUCUUCGGAUGUUGCAAAGCAAAGGGGGGGGUACGGAGAGGAACGUUACGAGAAAGAAGAGUUCCAAAAGAAGGUGCGAACCUGCUUCGAAGCAUUGAUGUCACAAGAGCCUGCAAUGUGGAGACGAGUGGAUGCAAACAAGACUAUGGAUGAGGUCACCGAAGAGAUUGAAGGGAUUGCCACAAAAAUCGUUGACCAAGUGACCGACAAACCUAUCGGCUCACUGUGGACGAAAUGA